GGGUUGCUUGUCAUGGCGUCCUCCUUGAAGGGGGUUGGGUUCACUGCUUCGUAUUAAGUUCGAUAUUUUACAUUCCCACGGCACCGUCAGCUUCAUCGCGUUUAGGAUAUUGUUGCACAUUAAAAUGGGGACUGUGCAUGCGAGGAGUAUGGAUUCUUACCCCAUGUAUGGGCGAGACCGGGGCGUCAACCCAGAGGAGAUAGAAGUGAUGGAGGCUGUGCAAGAAACUAAACAAGAGAUUUUAGAAAAUAAAGAUGUUGUUGUGCAGAAUGUGAACAUUGCAGGUCUAGGUAGAACUAAAGAGGAUUACUUGGGCUAUGAGAUCUCUGAUGUCUUCACUGCCAGGAACCUGGUUGAAGUGAUGAGGAAAUCCCAUGAGGCCAGACAGAGGUUACUUUGUCUGGGCAUAUUUAAAGACGUGGAGGUGGUGAUUGACAUCUCAGAAGGAGCGGAUGCGCUGCCAAAUGGGCUCAAUGUUACUUUUGAGGUUACUGAGCUAAAACGUCUAACUGGAAGUUACAACACCUUGGUUGGAAAUAAUGAAGGCAGUAUGGUACUGGGUAUUAAGCUUCCAAACAUUUUUGGUCGUGGAGAGAGACUCACCUUCCAAUUCUCAUAUGGCACUAAAGAGACAUCCUAUGGCCUAUCUUUUUUCAAACCUCAGCCGGGUUAUUAUGAACGCAACUUUGCUCUGAACCUGUACAAAGUCACUGGCCAGUUUCCAUGGAGCUCUCUAAAAGAAACCGACAGGGGCGUUUCUACAGAACUGAAUUUCCCUCUGUGGAUGACAGAUCACACUCUGAAAUGGGAGGGUGUGUGGCGAGAACUUGGAUGUCUGGCCCGAAGUGCCUCCUUUGCUGUGAGAGAGGAAAGUGGCCACACCCUAAAAUCCGCCCUUUCUCACACCAUGGUAAUAGACACCAGAAACUCAGCGAUCUUGCCCCGAAGAGGUGCCUUACUACGAAUCAACCAGGAAUUGGCAGGAUACACCGGUGGAGAUGCCAGUUUUCUCAAGGAGGACUUUGAGCUACAACUCAACAAACCUUUUAUCUGGGGCUCUGUGCUAUCUGCAUCUCUGUGGGGUGGGAUGAUCUAUCCACUUACAAGUCAGCCUACCUCCAUUGCUGACAGGUUCUAUCUGGGUGGUCCAACUAGUGUAAGAGGUUUCGGCAUGUACAGUAUUGGGCCCCAGAGUGAAGGUGAUUAUCUGGGUGGGGAAGCAUAUUGGGCCAGUGGCCUCCACCUGUACACACCCCUCCCCUUCCGCUCGACCAAGGGCGGCUUGGCUGACCUCUUCAGAACUCACUUCUUCCUCAAUGCUGGAAACCUUUGCAACCUCAACUACGGAGAGGGACCACGCGCACAUCUGCAGAAGCUAGCAGAGUGUAUCCGUUGGUCAUAUGGGGCAGGAAUAAUUUUACGUCUAGGAAAUAUUGCUAGACUUGAACUCAAUUACUGCUUCCCCAUGAGUGUUCAAAGUGGAGACAGGAUAUGUGAUGGAGUUCAAUUUGGAGCAGGCAUCCGUUUCCUGUGAUCUCUGUAGCUGAAGCAGGGAGUUGUGGGAUAGCUUUUUGUAGUAUUUUUUUGAAUGUUUGAACUCAAAAUGAGAGUUCUUCCUGCAUGCACAUUCUGAGGAUACACUCCUUUUACCUAGAAGGCAAAGGAUGACUGAGCUUAAUUUAGAAAAACAUAUUGGUUUUGCCCUAGGAUGAAAAUUCAGUUGUCAUUUCCUAACUUUCAUGUCAUUCCAAACCCUCAUGAGGAACACCUGAGGAGACAAUUUGAAGAAUGCCAAUGUGCAAUUUUCUAUGCAAUGAAAGUGGAUGGUGACAUCUCUUUUUGUGUUCCAUGGUAAAUACCGGUUUGGAAUAACAUGAAGGUGAGUAAAUCAUUACUGAAUUUUCCUCUAUCGGUGAACUACCCCUUUAAAAGUGGUGGCUGCAAGUGUUAAAUUGUUUUCCUUGUGUUGUUGUUUCCAAUGUGAAAAUCUGGUACGAAACCACACCACUGUCAACUCAUGUGUUCUUUAGCAGUCUUGGGAGAUGUGCAGUAAAUAUUGUACUUCAAUGAAAGCCACAUAUAAACAUGUAUGACUCUUUCUCCUUUUAAAUGACAUGGUUUAGUGUUGAAAUCAGUUGUAUUGUCUAAUGCCAAACUAGAUAAAUGAAUCGACUCGACUGAUUUCACUGAGCGGAUCAUGAGUCAACUCCUUUGUGAAAUCCACCAGCAGUGCUCUUAUUGUUAGGACACUUUUUAUUAUUGUCAGAACUUGUUAUACUGGGCACAAAAUAAACCGUUUGGAUCCCCAAUUCA